AUGAAAUUGCCAAUAUGAGAAAUUGGUUCUUGUCAAAAUAAGUCUCAGGAUUAUAUAGUUGACAAAGAGGCUUAUGUAUGCCAUACACAUAAAGUGGCAAAAUAUUCGUCUGAAGAUUCUAUCCACCUAGCCUCUCCAGAUUCUGUAGAAUUACUACUAAAAGUGAUUGAUCAAUGCAGGGAGGAGGUGCUAGUAUCUCCAAAAACCCUAGGAUAUCUUGCUCCUGAGAGCGAGUACAACAUAUUUAACACCACUAUCCAAGAGGCAGUAGGCCAUAUCUCUUCUAGUCUCGAAGCUGCAGUUAGAACCAGACAGUUCUUAAAACUAAAGGACUUGUUACAAGAAGUGAAGGAGCUUAAAGACUUUAUCAUGGACGAUCAAUUGUUCAUCAAACACUCAACAGUCAAGAGCUGGAAUGAUGCAUUUGCUGUUGUAGAAAACUGCCGAAAAGAGUGUUUCACCUGCAAUGAAAGAACUUGGAGAGUACGGAAGGAUCGUAUCAUUGAAGAAAUAUCAGAACUUAUAAAGAAGCUUCCCGAAGAGAAGACAAUAGUCAAAGCCUCGAAAGAAGAACUUAAAGAACAGGAUAAAUAUAACAUCCAAGAUUUCAAGACACAAAAAGAAAGAUAUAAAGAAAAGAAAGAAGGUAUGAUCAGCACCCAAUUGCCAUUAAAACAAGCCGAGUCUACAUUUGAAAAAGAUGCUGAGGAAACAGAUUAUGAAAUAUCUAGCUUUAGUGAAGAUAUCAAGAGUGAAUCUGAAGACUUGAGUGAAUCUAGUGAAGGAAUCGAAGAACUCGAACAAAACCCGGCCUGUUCAAUUCAAACUUUCUCGAAUGACGAAGUAGCUGGCCUCUUAAAUGAAUCUGAAGUUUAUGAGAACGGGAGAGAUAUCUACUUUCGUCAAGAGGCUUGGCUUACUCUUAAGCUCGAGAAAGCGAAUCACCUGAAAUUCUUAACCAAAGUUAACAAAAGAAUCCCAGAUUGUGAAGGCAUUAGGAUUGACACAGUCCCUGGAGAGAAUGAAGGAAUUAAGACUUUUCUUAGGGUUUAUUUCCCCAAAGAGGUUGGAUGGUUUUACUUCAAUGAUGAUUCGGAUUUAAGACGUUGCCUUUCCUUCUACAUGAAAGCAUUGGAGACUUUGAGUCCGAAGGUAGAGAAAGGAUUGGGGAUUUAUAAUUUUGAGGUCAGCCAGCACCAGAUGAGAACACUCUUGGCUGCCUACAAGCACAAGAGCACAUUUGGUUUAUAUUUCUGCAAACUAGCUCUGUCCUUGGUACCUGACUUCGGAGGGGCUCUCCAAGGAAGUCAAUUGGAAGGAUUAUCUUUGAUUGGCUGAGGAGAUAGUGCUCGCGGAGAUUGGAAUAAUAACCCGUCUCAUUUUGAAAACUUAGUCAAAGGUUUGGCUAAGGAAUAGGAUUUCAAGAAUAAUUUGAAACAGAUUUGGAUGAGCUGGGGAGGAAUGAAGAAGAGCCAGGUUGAAAAGAUCCUGAAGAAACACCAGUUUGGAGAGGUUGAAAUUUAAAAGUGGGUUAAGGUAUAAAUUAAAAGGUGUGUUUGUUUAGGAAAGGGUUUUAUUAUAUUUGGAUGUAAAGAGAUGAAAAUCCAGAAAUAAUAUUUAUGAGCUAAACAUGAGUUCUUU